AUGGCCGCAAAAUCCCCCGCAGAGCCUGCGCAACCCGACCCCGCGAAGCUACGAAACUCACCCACACAUAUGACCAAGCCUCACAAAGGACGUGUCGACGAUAUACUACAAGGAGCUCGAGCCCGAAAGAUAAUGAUGGAUAGUUCGAGUGACUCGGGGACUUCCCCACCAAGUCCAGGCACAAAUAUAUUGCGAGCAAGCGGGGGCACGAAUGGGACUGCCGAGACGGAGAGCAGUGCGGACGAGGAGACACACAUAGUCAGGCGGUCGGGCAAUCGGAAUAUGAAUUACCAAUCUACCCAGCAGAAGCCAGCGAAGACACUGCGUUCCAAUCAUCCGAGCACAGCGAGCAUACGCAGGGCAGGGCGAACACAUUCCCCCGGAGACGAGCAUGAGGAGACCGCGGCAGAUGAGCACGAGUCCUGGUGGGCGAGAAUGCUUUCGGAAUAUGGAUCGAUAGAGCUGGAGAACAAGGGCAGUGUGGCAAGGGAUCAUUUGGCCCUUGAGAGAACCUUCUUGGCCUGGCUGCGCACAUCCCUUGCUUUUGCUUCCAUCGGAAUAGCAGUUACUCAAUUAUUCCGCCUCAAUGUCAGUUCCGAAGGCACUGGCAACGCGUACAGCCGCCUUCGCCAGAUGGGGAAGCCCCUCGGUGCGACGUUCCUCGGUAUCAGCAUCGUGAUGCUGGGUGUGGGGUUCCACAGGUACUUUGAGUCGCAGCAUUGGAUUAUAAGGGGCAAGUUCCCGGCGAGCAGGGGGAGUAUAGCUUUGGUUGCGCUAAUUACGUUUGCGUUGAUGAUUACUUCGCUGGUAGUUGUCAUCGUCGUAGAACCUGGGACCUUUGAGAAAUAA